AGCUGCGGGCACCUGGGAAGGCCAGCUCCUCCCACCGGCGUGCCACCUCUGUGCUUCGAGGCCGCGCUCUGCCACCAUGAGCGGAUGCCCAUUCUUGGGGAGCAGCUCUGGAUACACUUUUAGAAAUCUAUCUGUAGAAGACAGUGAAGGCCAAACACGGAGCGGUGUGAAUAAAGCCAGCAAGGGAGGACUUGUCUAUGAGAGCUACCUGCAUUUGGAGAAAAUUUUGAAUGCACAAGAACUCCAAAGUGAAAUAAAAGGCAAUAAAAUCCACGAUGAGCACCUCUUCAUCAUCACCCACCAAGCCUAUGAACUCUGGUUCAAGCAGAUUCUCUGGGAACUGGAUUCUGUUCGAGAGAUCUUUCAGAAUGGUCAUGUCCGGGACGAGCGGAACAUGCUGAAGGUGGUGGCCCGCAUGCAGCGCGUCGCGGCCAUCCUCAAGCUCCUUGUGCAGCAGUUUGCUGUCCUGGAGACCAUGACGCCCCUGGACUUCAACGACUUCAGAGAUUACUUAAUUCCUGCAUCAGGCUUCCAGAGUCUACAGUUCCGCCUAUUAGAGAACAAGAUAGGGGUUCUCCAGGACAUGCGAGUGCCCUACUCCAGGAGACACUACCGAGACAGCUUCAACGGACAGGAGAACGAGAUGUUGCUCAGGUCGGAGCGCGAGAAGACCCUGCUGCAGCUCGUGGAGGCAUGGCUGGAAAGAACACCUGGGUUAGAGCCACAAGGAUUUAACUUCUGGGGAAAGUUUGAAAAGAAUGUCAUCCAAGGGUUGGAAGAGGAAUUUCUAAAGAUUCAGGCUAAAGAAGAGUCUGAAGAAAAAGAGGAACAGAUGGCUGAAUUUCAGAAGCACAAAGAGGUGCUGCUGUCCUUAUUUGAUGAGAAGCGCCAUGAGCAUCUCCUUAGUAAAGGUGACAGACGCCUGUCGUACCGAGCUCUGCAGGGAGCACUGAUGAUUUAUUUCUACAGGGAGGAGCCCAGAUUCCAGGUCCCCUUCCAGCUGCUGACGUUCCUCAUGGACGUGGACAUGCUCAUAUCCAAGUGGAGGUACAACCAUGUGUGCCUGGUGCACCGGAUGCUGGGCAGCAAGGCGGGCACUGGAGGCUCCUCUGGGUACCACUACCUGCGCUCAACCAUGAGUGACAGAUACAAAGUAUUUGUGGAUUUAUUCAACCUUUCAACAUAUCUGGUUCCCAGAUCCUGGAUCCCAAAGAUGAACCCAAGCAUUCACAAAUUCCUUUACACUGCAGAAUACUGCGAUAGUUCUUACUUCAGCAGUGAUGAUUCAGACUAAAUUCACGCGGGGAAUCUGUGAACAGUAGUUUCCCACUCUUUGUAUUUCCUGAGUUUUUCAAAUUGAUGUAGAGUCAAUGCGGUAUAUUUGGUAAUGUAAUAUAUUUGUAAUGAAUGCCUCACCACCGUGGUCUUCUGAUUUGAUCCUGGAAAUAAUGGUCUCGUGCUGCGAUAAUGCGAACAUUGAGGCAAAGUGCAGUUUAGUUAGAUGGUGACACAGGAUGUGGGGGACUUUACUAUUAAAAUGUCAGUUUCCUUUAGCACUUACCUUAAUGUAUAUACUAAAUGUAGCCACCGUACUGCUUCAUAUUUUACAGGCAUUUGAACCAACAAAGUGUGCCAUUCUGUGCAGAGCCUUUUGGAACACAGUGUGUAAAAUAAUAAAUUUGGUUGUUUUCAAAAUGU